AUGGGGAGCUUCAUUCAACUUCAAAUUGAUGGCGACCUUUUGGCUUCCCCCGACAAGGCUUUCGUCUUUGCUUACUAUUGGCUCGGAAUCUUUCGUGUUAGCAACUUAGCCAUCCACGAUCAAGAAUGUGGUACUCCAAGGAGUCAACAUUGCAAGGAUAUUAGAAACAUAAAAUCCUUUAAUAGCAAAUCCUGGCAUUUUGAAUUGAAUGGAAGCAAUAACAUUGUGUUUGAUCACGUUACAGUAAUUGCACCACCAAACAAUCCCAUCACAAACGGUGGUAUCCACAUUAGCAUAUCUUCCAUAGGUGUCACCAUCCAAAACUGGUUGAUUAUUGCCACUGGAGAUCACGAUUGCAUCUCCAUUGGGCCUGGAAGCCAUAAUAUUAACAUAACUAAUGUCCACUGCAGUUCUGGCCAUGGAUCAGCAUUGGCAGUCUCAAAAAUGUUCGAUAUUAUACACUUUGGUGCCAAACCUGAUGGAAAAACAGAUAAUAGUAAGGCAUUAAGUAGUGCAUGGAGUGGAGCUUGUGAAAAUAAUGGAGGUGGUGUUGUUUUAAUACCAGCACAAGGAAGGUUUUUGGUUUUGCCAUUGUUGCUUCAAGGUCCAUGCCAUGGCGUUAUUCGUAUACAGCUUGAUGGCGAACUGUUGGCUCCCUCUGAUAAGCAAUUUGCUACCGGCGACUAUUGGCUUAGUAUCCAAAAUGUCAACAACUUGUUCAUCGAUGGUUUGGGUCGCUUGACCGGCAGUGGUUCUUCUGCUUGGCCCUCCCACUCCGCUAACCGUCCUAUCUCUAUGAAACUCAAUAAUAUCAACACUGCAAGUAUCAAGAACAUAAGCUCCUAUGAUAGCAAACUCUUCCAUUUCGCUGUGCAUGGAUCUCGAGAUGUCACGUUUGAUCAUAUAACAGUGGUAGCUCCAGGAGACAGUCCCAACACAGAUGGAAUCCACAUUUCAUCGUCAAGUGGUAUAAACAUCAUGCAUUCGACAAUCGGUACUGGAGAUGAUUGCAUCUCAUUGGGCCCUGGAAGCAAAUCCAUCAACAUAACUAACGUUUAUUGUGGUCCUGGUCAUGGAAUCAGCAUUGGUAGCCUUGGAAAGUACCCAAACGAAGAAAAUGUCUUCGAAGUCACGGUAAGAGACUCCACAUUUGUUGGCACAACCAACGGUGCGAGGAUCAAAUCAUGGUCGUCUUCGUAUUCCAGCAUGGUUAGCAAGGUCACAUUUGUCAAUCUCCAAAUGAACAACGUCAAAAAUCCUAUCAUCAUCGAUCAAAGUUAUUGUCCAGACUCUUGUGGUCCAAAUGAUAUGAGUAAAUCAAAGGUGCAGAUUGAAGAUGUGAGAUAUGAAGGCAUAAGGGGGAGUUCAAAUACACAAGUGGCAGUAGAUUUCGAAUGCAGCCAAGUUCUUCCAUGUCAAGGCAUAGUGUUACAAGACAUUAACCUUACUUUCAAUGGUGGUGGCCAAUCAACUUCCAUUUGUCAUAAUGUUAAGGGUUCUACUUUUGGCCAACAAUUACCUCCCUCUUGCCUUUAA